GUUGAGUUAAUUUGCAUACUCACUCUGAUUGGCUGUGGGAGUAGCAGAAGUACGGUCAAAGGCAGCCAAGGGCAGUUUCCACUAACACAGAAUGUAACAGUUGUUGAAGGAGGAACGGCAAUUUUGACCUGCAGGGUUGAUCAAAAUGAUAACACCUCCCUCCAGUGGUCAAAUCCAGCUCAACAGACUCUGUACUUUGAUGACAAGAAAGCUUUAAGGGACAAUAGGAUUGAGCUGGUUCGGGCUUCUUGGCAUGAACUGAGUAUCAGCAUCAGUGAUGUGUCUCUCUCCGAUGAAGGACAGUACACCUGCUCUUUAUUUACAAUGCCUGUCAAGACUUCCAAGGCCUAUCUCACUGUUCUGGGUGUUCCUGAAAAGCCUCAAAUUAGCGGAUUUUCAUCGCCAGUUAUGGAGGGAGACUUGAUGCAGCUGACUUGUAAAACAUCUGGUAGUAAACCUGCAGCUGAUAUAAGAUGGUUCAAAAAUGACAAAGAGAUUAAAGAUGUAAAAUAUUUAAAAGAAGAGGAUGCAAAUCGCAAGACUUUCACUGUCAGCAGCACACUGGAUUUCCGAGUGGACAGGAGCGACGACGGUGUGGCGGUAAUCUGCAGAGUCGACCAUGAAUCCCUCAAUGCCACUCCUCAGGUAGCAAUGCAGGUGCUAGAAAUACACUAUACACCAUCAGUUAAGAUUAUACCAUCCACUCCUUUUCCACAAGAAGGACAGCCUUUGAUUUUGACUUGUGAAUCCAAAGGAAAACCACUGCCAGAACCUGUUUUGUGGACAAAGGAUGGUGGAGAAUUACCAGAUCCUGAUCGAAUGGUUGUGAGUGGUAGAGAGCUAAAUAUUCUUUUCCUGAACAAAACGGAUAAUGGCACAUAUCGAUGUGAAGCCACCAACACCAUUGGCCAAAGCAGUGCAGAGUAUGUUCUCAUUGUACAUGAUGUUCCCAACACUUUGCUUCCCACUACUAUCAUCCCCUCCCUUACCACUGCAACAGUCACAACCACUGUAGCCAUAACAACCAGCCCAACCACAUCUGCAACAACCAAGAGCAUAAGAGAUCCCAAUGCUCUGGCUGGCCAGACUGGUCCUGAUCAUGCUCUUAUAGGAGGAAUAGUGGCUGUAGUUGUAUUUGUCACGCUGUGUUCUAUAUUUCUGCUUGGUCGAUAUCUGGCAAGACAUAAAGGAACGUAUUUAACAAAUGAAGCUAAAGGAGCUGAAGAUGCACCAGAUGCUGACACAGCCAUUAUCAAUGCUGAGGGCAGCCAAGUCAAUGCUGAAGAGAAAAAAGAGUAUUUCAUUUAA